AUGGAAACGUUUGACACCAUAGCCAAAGCUUGUGCCAGUAAUGACAUCCCGUUGUACGAUGAGUUUUUUCAGCUGUACAUGAAUUAUGUGGAGAAAAUGUUUGAAAAAGACCAUCCACAAGUGCAUGAAUACAAGCAAUUGGAGAGAAACAUCUUCAGAAUCCAACAGUUCACGUCGGACUUGACGAGACAGCUCGACUUUGAAAAGCGGACACGGUCCACGAUCUUGAGGUUUCUUGGCUUCACCAACGAGCUCAUUUCCGUCAACUAUAAUGAGAACUUGAUUUCUUCAAGAAGAACCAUCCUUGAUUAUUUGCAGUCAAUAGGUUCCAAAUUGACAGGAACAUUCUUGAGACAAGCACCCGGCGAUGAAUCGCUUUUUGACCACACACUCGAUGCCCUAUUAUCGGAAGGUUAUCAGGAGUUACCAGUUGUGCUAUUGAACUCGGUUCUCGAAAACCAAAUGUUCUACCUGACCGAGCGUAUUGUCCAAGCAAAAGCAUACUUACUUCCAAAUCAGGAUGAACAUCAGCUCUUUGAACUGGUUGAGGAUAUUUUGCAGCAAGACAGCUCAGGUGUGGAUGCUUCCAAAGUGUACCUCAAGCUCAUCCAUAUAUUUGUCACUUCUGGCAGAGUCUCUCCCAAUGGAGUAUUCGUGACAGAACUAACUACAAAAUUCAACAACGAGGGCAUAGAGACUCCUUUGGAAGCUUACAAGAUUUGCAUAGAUGCUGCCAUCAAGAAUAACGACAUGGCCACAUCGAGUACCAUCUUUGAACAGAGCAUCAACCUGUACGUCCAGUGGUGGGACGGAACCGGCCCCAAAGUAUUGAGAACCUUGAACGACCUCAUUAUCCUAGCAUGUAAGAAUAUGAACGAUAUUGAAGACUUGUUCUUAUUCUUCUCAAAAAUCAAGCAACAGAUGACCGAUCGUCCCAUCAACAUUUAUGCCAUAACCGAGUUGUCCCGUCGAAUGCUCCAGGUAGAAUAUGUGGGAGAUUGUAUUGAAAUGCUCAAAAGAGAGCUUCCGUCCAUCAAGAAGGACGAUAACAUUAAAAUCGAGGUGAGUCAACCAUACGCAGCUGCUUAUAGGCAAUUAUUUGAUCUUCUCCAUGAAUUUGCCAUUUCGUACACCAACGAAGAGACUUUUGAAACCAACUGGGUUUUGUAUGGAGAGUUACACAAAUUUUUCCACGUUCCUUAUGAAUCAUACUUUCCAGCCAUCAAGUUCUUCAGUGAGAGGGGCAGAUUAAAUGCCUCUUUGAUCAUCUUCAGACAAAUCAGAAACCUUUACGAAACUCACGGGAACCAUAAUAAUCUUCCUCCUCUGAAAGAGAUGUACGUUUACUUGUUCGAGGAGUUUGGUGAUAAGCUUUACCAGGAGGGAGUAGAGGAAAUCCAUGAAUACCUUAAAACAGACGUAUCAUUACCUAGACAAGAUCUUGAAUUGCAGAAUUCGUUGUUGCAAGCAUACUCCAAUCUACAAGAGGUGGGAAAAACUAGAGACUUAUUUUUGGCCAUGAACCCCAUGAAGAAAAUCGAAGGGAAAUCCACCAUCAAUGAAGAAACCGUUCAAAUCAUGCUUAAAACUUUCACAUAUAGCAACUUAAACCAUGUCAAGUUGUUUUGGAAUAACCUCUCGAGGUUUGGGAUUCUUCCGAAUGAUGCGAUAUUUAGACAGUACUUGAUCGCUUAUGUGUAUCAUGGGUUUCCUGAAGAGGCCACUAGUCUUACGGAAGAAAUGGACGACUAUGGUCUUGAAGUAACAGAGGAUACAGUGGUUUCUCUCUACAACUUCUGUUUGUCUCUGGAAGAUCAAGACAAGAUUGAAGAAUGGGCACAUGCGCACUACAAAGAGUUAUGGCAGUCAGCUGUUGAUAAAAAGCUUUUGACCAGAUCAAACAACUACUUGCCAGAGUCCAGUUUACUCUUGGAGAACGUCACGGCGGCAGUUCUGAAGUAG